UCACUCAGUUUUUUUUUGUUACUACGUGCGGUGCUUGUGCUGCCGCUUUUCGUAAAAAAUAUUCGCGUAAAUAUUAGUAGUGUAAUAGGUAGUGUGUGUUGACAACAAAAUUAGUAGUCUGGCUGCGCCAGGCCACGAAUUAAUUAGCUUAUAUGUAUACAACUUACAACCCGAAACACGACGAUACCAAAAAUAUUCGCAGCCAGUUCUUUGUGUAAUUUCUCGCCAGAAACGGUAAACUGCAAGUAACGGUGCAGCACCUGACCUCGACCUACACAACAAAUACAUAGAAACAUCGCUGUGAUUUGUUGUUGCCGGCUGUGUUUGCUUCAUUGAUUUUCACGAAGAAGAGGUAGAGAGGAGAAGAAGCAAAGAGAGGGGAAGCAGAAACCGAGUGCAGUGCCGCCCGCGUGCGAAUAACGGUGAAUCUCGGACUCAGAACUGCCAAAAAAUCCCACCAUUAUGAACCGCACCAGGAGGAAGGUCAUCCGUCCCAAGAAUCCCUACACCGAGGCAAACUUGAUCUCACAAUGGAGCUUCUGGUGGAUGCGAGAUCUGUUUAAGCGAGGUCUCAAGGGUCCCUUGACGGACGAGGAGUUGUACCAGCACAGGAAAACACUGGACAGCGAACGGGUGACAAACAAGUUUGCCGAACUGUGGGACGAUGAGCUGAAGCGAGAUGAUCCAAGCGUUGUGAGGAUGAUAUUGCGGGCGUACGGCAAGAUAUUCGUGCCCAUGGGAUUGGCCUUCUCCCUGGCCGAGACGGUUUGCAAAUCCUGCAUGCCCCUGUUUCUGGGUAACCUCGUAGGCUACUUUGCCGUAAAUCAAACAGAGAUUAGUGAACAGACGGCGUAUCUGUACGCCAUUGGAAUUGUGAUAUGCAUGCUGGUGCCGGUGCUGACCUUCCAUCCAUUCAUCUUCUACAUCUUCCAAGUGGGCACCAAGCUGCGGCUCGCCCUGUCAGGUCUCAUCUACCGCAAGGUCCUGCAAGUCUCGAAAAGCAGUAGCAACGACGGCCUGCGCGGCAGAGCCAUCAAUAUUUUGUCCAACGAUCUCGGUCGCUUCGAUGUUGCGCUUUGCUUCCUUCACGACACGUGGAAGGGUCCAAUGGAGUCACUAAUCAUUGGGUUCCUCAUGUACCGAGAGAUCGGUAUAUCCGCUGUGAUAGGAGUCUCCUUCAUGCUCAGCUUUAUACCACUGCAGGCGUGGGCAGCCAAAAAGGCAGCGUAUUAUCGACAGAUGACUGCCGAACGGACGGAUCUUCGAGUUAAGCUGAUGAACGAGAUUAUCCAGGGCAUCCAGGUGAUCAAGAUGUAUGCGUGGGAGCGCAGCUUUGCUCGUGUCAUAGCCGAAGUGCGCCUCAAAGAGGUGAAGGCUAUCCGAGGAACUGCCUACAUCCACGCCGCCCUCGGCUGCACCUCCAUGAUAUCCCCACUGUCCGUAUUCCUGGCGCUGUGCUCCUACGUUUACCUGGGCGACCCACUAACCGCCCAAAAGGUCUAUACCGUGUCGUCGUACUUCAACAUGCUCAACGAUUCGAUGGUGACCUUCUGGCCCAUGUCCAUCACAUUUAUCGCUGAGGCCUUGGUGUCUGCCAAGCGCUGUAAGGAGUUCCUGCUGGACGGAGACCGAGCGGAGGUUCCCAUCAACCUGGAGGCCAAUCAGCAGACGGCCAAGAAUAAGCGCAAGAUCACCAAGGAGGACAAACAAAAGAGCGUCGAAGUAAACGGUUCCCUGCUCUCCAACGGCAAGCCCCACCACAAUCGCUUGCGGGACUAUGACCCAGAAGCGACCAAAAAAUGUGUGGUGCUCAAGAAUGUCUCGGCUUCCUGGGACACAUGUGACGGUCAUGCCAACACUGCCAUCGAGGAAUUUAGUACGGACAUUCCAGAUCAUACACUGACCGCCGUAGUUGGACCCGUAGGCGCCGGCAAGUCCAGCUUCCUGAACGUUCUGCUCGGCGAGGUGGGCAUCGAUAAGGGCGAGGCCAUGGUCCACGGAAAGGUAUCGUAUGCCUCUCAGGAGCCCUGGGUGUUUGAGGGAACCAUCCGCGACAAUAUCGUUUUCGUGGAGGAUUACAACGAGCGGCGCUACAAAAAGGUGGUGAAGGCUUGUGGUCUCGAGCGUGAUAUAGAGCUGCUACCCCGCGGAGACUUGACAGUGGUCGGCGAGCGAGGAGUGAGCCUGAGUGGUGGACAAAAGGCCAGGGUCAGCCUAGCCAGAGCUGUUUAUCGCAAGGCGGAUAUCUACUUGCUAGACGACCCGCUCUCUGCUGUGGACACGCAUGUGGGCAAGCACAUCUUUGAUCGGUGUAUACGCGACUUUUUGUCCAACAAGAUUCGGAUUCUGGUCACGCAUCAAGUGCAAUAUCUGUUCGAUGUGGAGCACCUGCUGCUGAUGGGUAACGGCAAGAUUUUGGCCCAGGGCAGCUACCAGGAGCUCCAGCGUUCGAGGCAGUUCCAGUUCCUCGAGCAGACGCUGCACGAUGAAAGCGGCAUUGGAGAUACACACAGCCUGAAGAGUCAGAUAUCACGCAGCGAUUCGGAGAAGAGCAUGGAGCACCAUCAUCAGCAGCUGCUGCAGCCGGGCGAGGAGGUGGAGGAGCUAAACCAGGAGCAACAAUCUGUGGGAGCCAUCAAAAUGCAUGUCUAUGCCUCGUACAUCAAAGCACUGGAUAGCACCUUCCUGCUGGGACUCAUUGUCUCCCUGUUUAUCUGCGCCCGCGUUAUGCUCACCGGUGUGGACUACUUCCUGUCGCGUUGGGUCAUUUGGGAGGAGAAGAUCGCAGUUAAUGGCACUGCCGCCUUGCUAAAUGAAAGUGAUCCUAUGCCCACCAAUGAUACGCUGGCCUUGAAUGCCACAGAUGCAUCUAUAACGCCUGUGAUUGCCGACAAGAUUGAGGCGGGCAUUCGACAGGAACUGGUCCUCUUCUAUGCCACCAUACUGGGAGCCACGCUGAUCGUUUAUCUCCUCCGCACCUUCGGUUUCUUUAAGAUGUGCCUGCGCAUAUCGCUGCAUUUGCACGAUCGGCUCUUCAGGGGCAUCACCAGGGCCAGCAUGUACUUCUUUAACACGAACUCCUCCGGUCGGAUACUGAAUCGCUUCUCCAAGGAUAUAAGGACUGUGGAUACGGAUCUGCCGCACACGCUGCUGGAUUGCAUGGCCUUUAUCAUUGAUGUCUCGGGAGUGGUUAUCAUAGUGGCCAUUGCCAACUACUGGUUGCUGGUGCCCGCUGCCAUAAUUGGCACCGUAUUGGGUUUAAUACGUUACCUCUACGUCAACACCAGCCGAAGUGUUAAAAGAAUUGAGUCCAUAUCACGUAGUCCCGUCUUCUCGCUGACCAACCAAACCUUCCAGGGCCUCACCACUAUCCGUGCUCUGCAGGCUCAGAGCGCCUUGGAGCAGGAGUUCCAUGAGUAUCAAAACACCAAUACCUCGGCCUGGUUCCUGUUCCUCUCGUGCACGCGUGCCUUUGCCUUGUGGUCGGAUCUGUUGUGCAUUGCCUAUAUGGCGGCGGUCACCUUUAGUUUCCUGCUGCUUAAGGAUGAGUUCGACAGCGGCGAUGUGGGUCUGGCUAUCCUGCACUCUACCACGAUGACGGGCAUGUGCCAGUGGGGCAUGCGGCAGACAGCAGAACUGGAGAAUCAAAUGACGAGCGUGGAGCGUGUGCUGGAGUAUAUGGAACAGCCACCGGAGGCUCCGCUGGAAACGGCCGAGAAGUUCAAGCCAAAGACCGAGUGGCCAAGCAAGGGUCGCAUUGAGUUCAUCAACUUUAAGUUGCGCUACUCGCACAAGGAAGCGCCGGUGCUGAGGGACCUCAAUUUCACUAUUGAGCCGCGCGAAAAGAUCGGAAUUGUGGGCCGCACUGGUGCCGGCAAAUCGUCCAUCAUCCAGUCCAUCUUCCGUUUGGCCUGCAACGAGGGCAUGAUCCGGAUCGACGAUGUGGACAUUGAGCAUUUGGGUCUGCACGAUCUGCGAAGUCAGAUCUCCAUCAUACCCCAAGAUCCGGUUCUAUUUUCGGGCACACUGCGAUACAACUUGGAUCCGCUGGACGAGCGUACGGACGAGGAGAUGUGGAAGGCGUUGGGUGAUGUGGAGCUGCGCUCCUAUGUGUCCACGCUCAUUGGUGGCCUCAACUGUCGCAUGUACGACGGCGGCUCGAACUUUAGUGUGGGCCAGAGGCAGCUCGUUUGCCUAGCGAGAGCCAUCCUGAGGCACAACAAGAUCCUUAUUAUGGACGAGGCCACGGCUAACGUGGAUCCAGAAACCGACAAGCUUAUUCAGCAAACAAUCCGCUCCAAGUUCGGACACUGCACCGUCCUGACCAUAGCCCAUCGGUUGCACACUGUGAUGGACAGCGAUCGAGUAUUGGUAAUGGAUGCAGGGGAGGCCCGAGAGCUGGGACAUCCCUACGAGCUGCUGCAGCGCUCAGGUGGUUACCUGCGUCAACUGGUGGACAACACAGGAGCGGCCACCGCCUUUGCCCUGCAACAGGCGGCCGAGCAGAGUUACAGCAAGCAACUGCUGGGAGAUGACGACGACACUGCCGCCCAGGAUCUGAACAUAUCGCUGGCGCUGGAGGAGAAGAGUCAAUAACUGUACUUGCUCAAACAUCGAAGUAGAGCAUAUGAACUGAAAGUAUUAUAUACAAAGCAGAAUAUGUACUUAAAGCUAACAAAUUACCUGUUGCCUUGUACUUACGGAAUAUACAUUUAUAAGCUAGCUUGUUUAUCGCCACGAAUUUAUGUAAAUGUUUCUGUUACUGUAUCUGUAUCCGUUUCACUAGUAUGUAUCUUGUAAGUUUUGUACAUCAAGUGUUCAAUCGGCAAGCGCACAAAGUUCUGGAGAGCAAGUUCAAUCAAUCUAAAUAGGACAAGUAUAAUGUAUUUAGGUACUUUUUUAAAUAAAUCCAUGUAGCUAAUGUAGGAUUACAAUAAAGCAUACCUAAAGAUACGUACAAUCUCAAUAAAGUGCCUGAGAGUUAUUAACUAAACGAAAA